AUGGCUUCUCGGAGAAAAAGGAAAUCUACAAGUCGGUUUUCUCCGGAUUCAAUUGAAAUCAGCAGACAAGAAAGUGACUGUUCGUCUUGGACAGUUAAGAAGUUCAAGGAAGAACUGACACAUAUUGGAAUAAACAUUACUUCAAAAUUAAGUAAAACAGUGUUACAACAAAUUUAUUUUGAUAAUCUCAAAUCAGUUUCCGAACCUGAACAAUUGUCAAAUGAAGACCAGGAAGUCUCGCCAACUUUACCUAAUGUGACCAGUAAUUCGUCUAAUGAGCUUCCACUUUUGAUCGGAAAUUUAACAGAAGUUGUUAUAGGAUUAAGGGAUUCAAUGAAUUCUAACACCAAUAGGAAUAAUUCUAAUACUUCUUUAUCAGCGGAUUUUUCCGGGAAUAUACAAGAUACAAGACGAAAUAGAUUUCAACAAGUGCACACAGCAGAUGAGCAUGUGUUUUCAUUAUACAAAUGGUACGGUGUUUCUCCUAGUGAAAGCGAUUGCGGGAUAAAUCCCACCCUUAACACAUCUACAGCUACUAUUAACGGAGUGCCGUCAUCAUCUGUUCCUUUUUUGGAUAUAAUUUCACCAGCGCUUAAAAAGCAAAUUAUUGAAGCUAGAGCGGUUCAAGAUACUUGCACCUUUAGCGGACAAAGUACCUCACAAGUGCCCGCCAGUCUCACGAGUAAUGUGGCAUUAAAGUCUACAGUAUCGGAUUUAUGGCGACAUGUGUUAUCAACUAGAACAUCUCAGACGUAUAAAGUUGGAUAUCGAGCUUAUACUGCAUUUCUGGCUAAUAACGGGGUUGUCUGGUUAGGUAAACCUAUGCCUCCGAUUUCUGAGGAUAUUUUGAUUUAUUUUGUCGCACAUUGUUACAAAAACUUGAGACUUUUACAUACAACCAUUAAAUUGUAUUUAUGUGGAAUUCGGUUUUUAUUAUAUCCAAAGUAA